GGCACAGGACAGUGCUCUCUUUCCUGGCUAAGUCCCAGCCCGCAGAGCAGAGCAAUCAGCUAAAUACUUUAUCCCUCUGCAGCCAGUCAUGCCAGGGGAAUAAAAACAAACCAAACCCCUGAAGUGAUCCCUUUGCUGGCCUGACACUUCAAAGCCUCUCACCUCUCCCUGUCUUUCAUCGGAGUUCUAAACUCCUUAGGAUGUCAUCACGUGCUCCAUAAAUAACAAAUAUAUAUAAACAGGGGCUGUGGAGGAUGCAGCAGUCAGGGGAGGGGAGGCAAAACCCCAGAUCCUCCUCUCCUGCCAGCGCUGAGACGGCUCCCCUGGAGGCAGGCAGCGGCUCGGGGACCCCGGCUGAUACUUCUGCUGGCUGACGCUGCUGGAGAAGCUGGGCUGGAAUAAAGGGCGUGGGAGCCGGCAGAGGCUGCCCUGAACAGGGGGAGCGGUGGGAAGCCAGGCAGGAGGAAGAGGAGGAAGAGGAGGAAGAGGAGGAUGUCGGCUCUCAGCACGUUGCCCUUCCUGAAGCCGGUGCAGCUGCGGUCGCCCCGCAGCUCGCCCGGGGGCCAGCGCCGGCACACGCUGCCCGCCAGCGAGUUCCGCUGCCUCAGCCCCGAGGAUGCUGUCAGCGUGUUCGAGAUCGAGCGUGAAGCCUUUAUAUCAGUUUCUGGGGACUGUCCCCUGCACCUGGAUGAGAUCCGCCACUUUCUGAGCCUGUGCCCGGAGCUGUCCCUCGGCUGGUUUGAGGAAGGGCGGCUGGUGGCAUUCAUCAUCGGCUCCCUCUGGGACCAGGAGAGGCUCAGCCAGGCAGCACUGACCCUGCACAAGCCUCAGGGCUCAGCUGUGCACAUCCACGUGCUGGCCGUGCACCGCACCGUCCGCCAGCAGGGCAAGGGCUCCAUCCUGAUGUGGCGCUACCUGCAGCACCUGCGCUGCCUGCCCUUCGCCCGCCGCGCCCUGCUCAUGUGCCAGCACUUCCUCGUGCCCUUCUACCAGAAGUGCGGCUUCGAGGCGCUGGGGCCCUGCGAGGUGACCGUCAGGGACCUGGCCUUCGUGGAGAUGCAGCACCCUGUGCGGGGACACGCCUUCAUGCGCAGGAACAGCGGCUGCUGAGGCCCCUCUGCUCUGGCCUGCCUGGGGGAUGAGAGGCUGCAACCCCUCUCCAUCCCCAGCACCGUGAUCCAUCUUCCCUGGCUGGCCCUGGAUACAGCUCUCCCUCUGUCACAUCUGCCUUCCAGCCACACCAGCCUGGCCCCGUCCCAUCCCUGCAGGGCUGGGCACAGAAAUUCCUGCCAGAUCCUGCUGGAAGCAUCAGUUCCCCGGGUUCUGCUUUAGCCAGGGCUGUGCUGGCAGGUCUGGGUGGGCUGCAGGGCCACGAGCCCCCCCGGGAUGGAAAGGCUUUGCCCUGGGAAUGGCUGGGGGCUCUGCUGGUUUGAGGGCACUUCCACCCGCCGCAGUUUGCUGAGACAGCCAGCAGAGCUCCUGCAAACACGUGCCCCAGCCUGGCACCCCUCCAACCAACACCACCACCAUGAGUGGAGCACACCAUGGCCAAGCCCUCCCUGAGCAGCCCCCAGACAUCCUUCCAGACCCCUUGGAGUACAUUCUCCCUGCCCAUGGCCACCCUCAGCUGCACACUGCAGAGCCUCCCCAGGGAAUCAGUCCAAACCAUUUGAUCUCCCUGUCCCAGACCCACAGCUGGUCCAGGACAAGCCUUCUGCAAACAACUCAGGUUGUUGGAAAGCAGCAAAUAAAGAUGUGGUGGUGAUUUUCUACACA